AUGAGAUCGGCAAACAGUCGCAAAGGACAGACGUCCAUUACCCAUUUGAUGAACUUUUCCCUCCCCCCUCGGCCAGAGUACCAUCCCCCGCCGCGCAACACCCGUCGAUAUAACUCGUGGGGACUCGGUUCUGGCUAUCAUGCUAUGGACAAGGCCCGCUACGUACAUGCGAAUUAUCGUUUUAUUGUAGCUCCAAAUCGAGCUUACCACGCUCAGGCAGCCAACGCAGAUGUCCACCUAGACUGGGACUCCGUUCUGCAGAUCCUGGUAUCCGCGCAAACUCAAUCAUCUAGCUGCCCUAUAUGCUUGUCUACUCCGGUCGCACCCCGGAUGGCUCGGUGUGGCCAUAUAUUCUGCCUGCCGUGUUUGAUCCGAUACAUGCACUCAACAGAUAAUGAGACUCCGGUGCCUGAGAAAAAGGCACGCUGUAAGAAGUGUCCCAUCUGCUAUGAUAACAUCUACAUUUCCGAAACACGGCCUGUGAGAUGGUUCAGUGGUCAGGAAGGUGUCUUGCCCUUUGAGGGUGGCGAUGUUGUGCUGAGGCUGGUGAAACGAGAUCCGCGCAGUACUCUUGCUCUACCUAGAGAUGGCGCCGAAAGCCUUGCUCCCGAAGAAGAUUUGCCAUGGUACCACGCUGCGGAGGUUGCCGACUAUGCUCGGAUCAUGAAAGGAGGAGAGGACUACAUGAACUCAUCUUAUGAUCUUGAGAUAUCAGAACUGCGCAGGCAGGAGCAAGAAGAUGAGAUUCUGUUUGGAGAUGACACUACUUGGACACGAAAAGCGGUAGCCGCUAUCAAUGAAUCCAAGCAGAAGAUCCAAGGAAUCGGAAAUCCGCCAGAGAUCUUGCCUCAGCCCGCUGCAAACCGCCCUUCAAAGGAGCCAAUCACUCUUCAGGGGCCGCCGGAAGAAGUGGCGCUUAUGUAUACAGCACAGCAUGCCACCAAAUCGGGCAAAUCGGCACCUCCUUCCACAUCGGACCUCCAACACGAGAUUGAUCAAGCCACAGACGCGGUUAACCAUAUCGACUUGGCUCCAAACGGAACAAACUCUAAGCAGAAGCAACACGGCCCCGGUCGAGAUCGGAGGAAGGGGACUAGCGCUCCUCACCCAUUAGAUCAGCCAUAUUAUUUUUACCAGGCUCUACCCCAUUAUUAUCUCUCACCUCUCGAUAUUCGGAUCCUCAAAGCCGCGUUUGGAGACUUCGCUAUGUUUCCUGCGACAAUUUUACCACGCGUUGAACACAUAUCUACGGGGCACAUAGUCGAUGAUGAGCUGCGUAAACGAGUCAAAUACCUCGGCCAUCUUCCUCAAGGUUGUGAAGUUAGCUUCCUCGAGUGCGACUGGCGAGACGUCGUCACGCCAGAUAUUCUAGAGCAGUUCAACACUGAAAUAGAGAAAAGACGGAAGCGAAAUAGAGAGAAAGAAACGCGUGAGGAGAAGAGCCGCAUUCGAGCUGAAAAGGAGGAGAAUGAAAAGGGCUGGGCAGCGGCUCGCCGGAAGGGCCCGUCUCUUAGUGCUGACGACCCUCCGUUUUCCGACCGUGACUUUAUACCAUUGGCGAGUGGCUCCUCGGCGAUUGAUCCAUCAAACAUGGAGUUCGAAGCAUCCGCCUCGCCUCCUCGGUCAUCCUCACACUUCAGUGCCCUGGCCAGCCCUUCAACCAGCCCUCCUGGUUCCCGGACCGUUUGGGGAACCACUGCGGUAGCACCCUCUACACAGCCCCAUCAAGAGUACUUCCGACCUACUCCUCACGAUGGCUGGCGAGAAGGAUGGGAGGACGAGCUAUUCGCCCAUCAGGAGAACCAACUGAUUGCGCAAACAGCAGUGGAAGCAACCAAUACCUCCAACUCAAAGAAGAAGGGGAAGAAGAAGAGCAAGAUCACGCUGAUGUCUACAAAUAUCCAACGGGGCGCCUGA